AUGGUAGACAAAACAACACUUAUUAGAUCCUUAACUAAUGAGAUACGAUAUUUGAGAAAUUUAUGUUCAUGUAAUAACAUAUACUUCAGUACUGAUGAUUCUCUAUUGGAUGAAGAAGAGUCAAUAAUUAAAUCUUUGGAAGUUGAUAAAAUAGCUGGCACUUUAUUAUUACUACAAAAUUCAUCAGAAUAUGACAAAUUAUUAAAUAAAAUAUAUUUAGAUAUUGUAGAGAAAUCUUAUGGAAAAAAAGUUGAUAAUGAAGAAAAAAUAUUUAGUAAUUCAAAAUGUGAUAUUAUUACACUCUUCCUAAAAUUUCAAUCAGAGAUAAAGGUUGAUGUUGCAUAUGCAUUUAGUCAUAUUGAUGAUACUCUAAAUGAUUUGAAUAAAUUAUUAAAUAAAUCUAACUAA